UACACACAUGCAUACACACACACACACGCAUACACACAUACACACACAUGCCCCCGUUUGAAAAGAGCUGAAUAAAUGAGUCACUACCACAACUCCCACAUCAAUAACAGUUGGACCAAGAUGGCGGCCGAGGGAGAGUACGAGUCGAUCCUGUGCGUUAAACCCGAUGUCAACGUUUACCGUAUCCCGCCGCGAGCUUCAAACCGAGCGUACAGGGCAGCUGAUUGGAAGCUCGAUGCUCCAGACUGGUCAGGUCGAAUGAGGAUCACAGCCAAGGGCAAAGCAGCCUACGUUAAACUGGAGGACAAAAUCUCAGGGGAGCUGUUUGCCCAGGCACCAGUGAAGGAGUAUCCUGGUAUAGCAGUGGAAACCGUCAGCGACUCCAGCCGCUACUUUGUCCUGCGGAUACAGGAUGACAACGGUCGCAGUGCUUUCAUAGGAGUUGGUUUUGGUGACCGAGGGGAUGCUUUUGACUUCAACGUGGCUUUGCAGGAUCAUUUCAAAUGGGUGAAACAAGAGACCGAACUCAGUAAAAAUGCCCAGCUUGGGGAUUCAGGACCAAAGCUGGACUUGGGCUUUAAGGAAGGGCAGACCAUCACACUCAACAUAGGGCAAGGGAAAAAGAGGGAUAAGCCCCGCCCACAAGGAUCGGGUGGAUUUGGACUUCUCCCACCACCACCUGGAGGCAAGAUAGCCCCUCCUCCUUCAUCAGGGUUAUCGAAUCACAACAUCGUCCCACAGAUGGGAAGCACAGCGACAGGCUGCCUGCUGGAGCUGGACAGUAGUAACUCCAACACAGUGGUUCAGUCAAACACUAGUUCAGAUCUUCUUUGGGGAGAAUUUUCUGCUCCUGCAAGCUCUGCUCCACCUCCGUCUCAACCACAAAACGCCACAAACUGGAUCCAGUUUUGAGUCGUCGACCGUGACCUGCAUCUCACCUGCAUCUGUGUCCGUAGCUUCCUGUGCAUCACACUGAGUGUAACUCCCACACACUGAACCCAAAGCAGAGACAUGACACACCCACAGAGCUGUAGAAUCACUUCACUCAGAGAGAGUGAAGCAUUAAUGCGUUAAAGCCAUCACUCUAUAUGCGCCAUCUCAAUGAUAUUUAAGGGCUAUGCGUGAUGUCCCGAGUAGCAGGUGUUCCUCUUUCAUGUGUCUGCAUCUCCUCCCCAGUAGGUGGCUCCUACUGCGAGCAGAGCUUCAUUUUUGAUCUGGAAUGUUUUUGUCCCCCUGCAGGCACUGCAGAGCACUACAUCAACACACCUUUGCUUUCUGCAUCCUGCUGUGAAUCACAUGUAAAGAGCAACACAGCAAAGAUUAAGUGAAGGCUGCAGGAGACAAAUUUAAAAAAAGAAAAUAUGAUGAUUUCUGUACUGGAACAUAAAUCUUAAUUCUGUAAAUUAUUCAUUUUUGCAGCAGUGAUCUGAGUAGUUGUAAUGUUGAUCCUAAAAACAAAGGAACAGUUGAUGAAGCAUCAUGAUGAUCAAGGUCAGAAGGAGUUUAUAUAAGAUGAUAAAUUUACUCUGAAGUGGAGUUUAAGUUACUCUCUCCUUUUCACAUUGUGAAAUGUGGAGCAUUACAGCGUUGUCAUCAGGGUGGAUGCAGUUACAUGGCUCAAAAUUCUCACGUGUAUGUCAGCAUUCACAUUUAACAACUUCAGCUCAUAUUGGGUUUGAUUAGAAAUUGAUAAUACAGGUGAAUUUGUACAUGAAUCUCCAGACGUGAGGCACAAGUUUAAUUGCUAUUAUCCAAAUUUCCUGAAUAAAUCUUUACAGGAAUCAAUAAUCUUCUAAAUUAUUCACGUGUUUGCAGAAUUAGUGAAUCUGAAAUAGUUGGAUGAGAUGCUGAUGUUACAAUAUGUGAGUGAUGAAUACAUUAACAGUUUUCUUUCUGGUGUAUUAAAUGUAAAAAUGUAUGUUUACAUUAUGAAAUCAUGUUUGUUUACUUCUGGGUGCUUCUGAUUAGCUAAUAUAUUUGCAAAUCAGAAAAUCAGCUGCCAAAUCCAGACUAUCACUAUUUUUACAUAUUUUGCUGCAUGUUUAAAGAACUACAUAAGCUAAGAAGGAUGAAAUAUUUGCAUGUCCUACUCAGUUUCUAUCAAACUGGAGGCAGAAAAAUUAAAAUUGCUCAAAUACGAA